CUCUUCUUUUUUCUUGUGGAUGCAUUGUUUUAUUUGUACUUUGCAUUCGCGCCUUUAAUUUCAAUCGCAUACAAAAAUUCAACAAUUUAAAAAAAACGGCCAUGGAAGCAAAGCGGUUUUUCUUAUAUGUUCGAAGUCAACCGCGGGCAAUAGCGCUGGUGCCCGUCCACGCGAUAUCCGACCCCAACGGCGAAUUCAUGUCAGUCGGUGUAGCCAGAAACUCAACGAGCACCGACAGCACUGGCGACGUGCGCAUCAGUAUCAACAUGCACUCGGUAGAGAAGGUGCUCCGGUACUACUCGCCGCUGGAUAUUGAGCCAAUUUACGGGAGCGCGGGAAUUCUGGACUACCAGGGCGACACAUACAUAUUUCUUAUAACGCAGGCGCAGCCGCUCUGUGACCUAUAUGGGAACAACGAGAAGAUGGGAUGCAGGCCAGUAUUUCGCGUGACCCAGGUGAUGGCCUUGUCUUUGACAGACACGUUGUAUGACGCGCUGGCGUACCGCAGGAUGCCCGGGGCCAUGUAUGACGACGUGGGGCCAGGCGAUAACGAUGUCUAUGGGGUGUCCAACCCAUGCGCAUCCAUGUGCGGGUUUCUGGGCAACGGUGCAUUCUACUUUUCGCCGGCGUUUGAUCUCACGCGGUCGCUGCAGUCACAGAGGAUGUGCGAGAUCUCCGCCAACGAGCCUGGUAUUUUCGACCCGGAUCCAAAGUUCCAGUGGAACAACACCCUACUGCAGGUGCUCACGGACUACCGCAUUCAUAUGUGCGGGUCCGCUGAGCGGCGGACAUUCGACAGCGCUGGGUUUGCGGUGUCUCUUAUUGAGGGCGCCGUAGAGGUGCACUACGCCGGCCAGUACCCUGCGGGCAACGGCCGGUCGGCAUCCGCCCGCGCCGGAGUAUUCCUGAUAUCGCGCAGCAGCUCGAUGCGCUCGGGCAUGCGGUUCCUCACGCGCGGCGUCGACGACGAGGGCGGCGUGGCCAACGAGGUUGAAACCGAGAUCAUUAUUACUACGCCCACAUGGAUGUUCUCCCACGUGCAGGUCCGCGGCAGCAUUCCGGUUUUCUGGACCCAGGAGGGCUUCCAGAUCGGCUCACAUCGCGUGCACAUCACGCGAUCGGCAACAGCCACUCUACCAGCGACCAAGCGCCACUUUGCCGACCUCCUGGCACGCUACAAGCGCGUGUUGGCCGUCAAUCUGCUCAAGCAGAGCCCAUUGCAGGGUGAAUUUACAGGGGUGCUGGUGGCGGACCCCGCGGGGUCGUCGGAGUCUGACCUGGGGGCAUUCUACCGCGCGAUGAUCGAUUCCAUGGCGCUGCCAAAAUUGCUCAUUGACUACGCGGCCUUUGAUUACAAUGGCGAGGUCAAGGGCGGCCGCUUUGAGCGCGUUAACAUGCUGUUGCACCAGAUCAGCUCGACGCUCGGAAGCCACCAGUUCUACCUCGUCGCCAACGACAGCAACAGUAUUCUGUCAAUGCAGCGUGGUGUUGUACGCACCAACUGCAUUGACUGCCUGGACCGCACAAACGUCGUGCAGAGUGUGAUUUCGCGCACCAUCGUUGGGGAGUUUCUUAGCCAGACGCGUGUGGUUACGUCGACUACAGCCGAUUCAGUACUUGAGGGCCUGGGCCGGCUGUGGGCGGCUAAUGGGAACUCCAUUUCGCGGCUGUACGCGGGCACGGGCGCGCUCAAGUCCGACGUUACAACAAGUGGGAAGUCGGGCUGGGCCGGGUUCCUCAGUGACGCGUCAAAAUCGAUCAGCCGCCUGAUGCAGAACAACUUCCAAGACAAGGGUAAGCAGAACACCAUUGAUACGCUUCUGGGCUCCGGCGACUCGGCGCUGGUCUGCCGGCCGGUACUUCUGCACGACCCCUACGAGUCUGUGGUUGCUGCCGAGCUCGAGCGCGAGCUGGCUAGGGUCAGCCGCAGAGAUUCGAUCCAUGUGAUGCUGUGCACCUACAACCUACACGGCAACCCGUACUGCGGCGAGCCGUUGGGGUCGUGGCUGGCCAUGGAGGGCGACGUGCGCCCGGACUUUAUUGCCAUUGGCUUCCAGGAGGUUGUCAACCUGGACGUACAGUCGGUCAUUGCGGCUGACACAACCAAUCGCCGCGUGUGGGAGCAGGUUCUCUCAGCAGAAAUCAACGCGCAGUACCGCAAGGCCUUUGGGCGGCAUGCUUCCGGCGAAUACGCAUUGGUGUCUUCGGAGCAACUGGUUGGUGUCUCCUUGCUCUUUUUUGCACACGAAACCCUGCUCCCGCGAAUCCAUGGCCUGCAGAUGGUCAAGUGCAAAACAGGCAUGGCUGGAAUGACUGGGAAUAAGGGCUGCGUGGCCAUGCAUAUGAUGCUCGACGACACCAGCAUAUGCAUUGUGGCUGCGCACCUGGCCGCCGGCACAACCAACGUGGCCGAGCGCAAUGCAGAUUUCCACAGUAUCCGCACAGGCGCGCGAUUCCGCCGCGGCAAGCACAUCGACGACCACGAUCACUCCUUCUGGCUCGGUGACCUGAACUACCGCGUGGAUUUGCCGUCGGACCAGGCGCGGAGGCUUAUUUCUCAGCAGCAGGUACAGAGCCUCAUGAUGUACGACCAGCUGGGUAUGCAGAUGGCUGCUGGGAAGGUGUUCAGGGAGUACGCAGAGGCACAGAUCGAGUUCUUGCCCACCUACAAGUACGAUUGUGGCACGGACACGUACGAUACGAGCGAGAAGAUGCGCGUGCCGUCGUGGACUGACCGCAUUAUGUACAAGGGCAAGGGUAUUGAGUGUCUGAGGUACUACAGGGAUGAAAUUCGCUUUUCCGACCAUAAGCCUGUGAUGGCGAGGAUGAAGUUUGACGUUGUGUCGGUGGAUAAGACUCUCAAACGCCUAAUUACUCGCAGACUGUAUGCGCGCCGACACGCCGGCGGGAAUUCAGUGGCUUCUGCGGCAGCGGAUGAGAAGUUGAUUGAUUGGGCGGUUGUGCCGGAGAAUGAAAAGAUCAAUGUGGAUUCCAAACCCAAGAUGCCUCCGCCGAGCUCGGACACACAGGCUUGGUGGGACAAGGAUGGACUGCUAGUGCGCAAACACUUGGUGCCAAAUGAUGGCGCAUCCACAGCCAAGUGCUUGAAUCCAUUUGCUCCGGCUGUAUCGGCAUAUGAUGCGGCUGCAAUGACCCCCGAUUCAUCCAUAAAGAUCCAACCAAAUAAUGGCCACAAGCCGGAACUUUUAGAAAUAUACGAUGAUCCGUUUGCUGACACUGGCGAAGGCAUAUCCUGGGAGCCAAUAAAGCCGCAAUAGACAAGAUCACUAUUUUACAUACUUUAUCUCUAUUUAUCUUUUUAUGCGUUAUUUAAUAAUUAAUAAUUUAUUUGUAGUAAG